UUUCUAUUUUUUUUAGGAGCCUAUUAAAAGUAAGUAAAUAAUAUUAAUAUUUUUUGUUACUGGUUUAACUCUUUGGAAUAUUAAAUAUCCACUUAGCUCACUUGGUAAAUCUAUGUAUUAUAUACCUGCUGUUAAUUUGUGGUCUGUUUAGACCCUCACCAUGUCACAAAAGAGUCAUAUGAAGCGUAUAAAAAAGCACAACCUGCGGAUACAAAGGGACCUGGAACUGCACCUAUGCUCUCAAAGUUGUUGGAAGCAAAUAAUGCACCUCCAUCUGUAACGGUACCUAGCAAUAAUGUUAAGGUGCCAACGCCUCAGGCUGCAGCAAAAUCAGUUCCGGCAAAAGGUACAUUAAACGAACCUAUAAAAACAGCUCCAUCCAAAUCUGAACAAAUAAAACCAGUCACGUUGCAAACGUCAGUACCACCAUUAAAAACAAACACACCAAAGUCGGUAACGAAAAAAAAAGAAGCUGAGGUUAAGCAAACAGACUCUAAGGUCUCUCCUAGUUUGGCUGCAGAUGUUAAAAGUGAAGUAAAGCCUUCACCAGAAACCAAAGUUACCCCCACGCCUAAAAUUGCCCCUCUAAACGAACCCAUAAACAGCAAAUCAUCAAAAAGAAAAUUGUCUGAAACAAAAUCCGAAGAGAAAAAAGAACUUGCUAAAACAGAAUUAGUUGAAAAAGAACUGUUUAAAAAGGAGCCAAUUAAAAAAGAGCCAGUUAAAAAAGAGCCGGUUAAAAAAGAGCCAGUUAAAAAAGAACCGAUAAAAGAGGAACCUCAGGAAGAAGCUCCACCAAUCUCCAAAACAGAAGAGGUAAAACCGGAAGCAGAAGCAGAAACCAAUGUUAAAACACAAGAAGUGGUUAAAAAGGGUCGAACUCCAAGUAAAACUGAACCUUUGACAAUCGAAGUGAAUGAAUCAGCAAAAAAAAAGAACGAUACCGUAUCAGUGGAUAGCACUCCAGAAGAACCACCUCCAAAAAAGAGAGUAGUUGAACAAAUAGCUGUAUCUGAUCACUUAGAGUUACCCCUAGCAACCUCGCCCAAAAACAAAAAGAAAAAAGGUCGAGCUGGACGUGGAAGAAAAAAAACUUUAUCAGGUUCACUGAAGGUUGACAUUGUGAGUGAAGAAGAUUUAGAGCGAAGCGAAGAAGCGGAGCCUGAUGUAUCAGCUGACUUGAAGGACAGUGAACUAGACACUACGGAUGAUUCAAUUGAUCGGAAAGUUAAAACACCAUUAACACCCUCCAUUCCAUCACCAGCCAGUCCAGCUCUUAGCACGGGAAGCAACUGUGAUCCAGAAACAGCACAACAACAAAGAGCAUGGCGGAAGAGUAUCAUGCUAGUAUGGAAGGCUGCGGCUAGCCAUAAAUACGCUAAUGUUUUUCUGCAUUCAGUCACAGAUGAAGAGGCUCCUGGUUAUUCGUCCAUUAUUUUCAGACCGAUGGAUUUGUCGUUGAUCAAGAAAAAUAUUGAAACUGGCGUCAUCCAUACGACGACAGAAUUUCAGCGUGAUAUUAUGUUGAUGUUUCAAAACGCUCUCAUGUAUAACCGAAAAGAACACGACGUGUACCGUAUGGCACAGGAAAUGCGUGAUGACGUCAUGGAACAAAUCCAGUCCUUCAUCUCAACGCAGUUGAUGGUGCAAACCACUGAACGCGAUUCAAAAUUUUUACGUGGGAAAAUCGACGCCCCUGGCCACACGCGGCAAUCAUCGAAAUCUGGCUUUACGUUUCUUUCAUUGUAAGAUCUACUGCACAUUGUGUGUCCACUGAUUGUCACAAAAUGACGAGGAUUCUUCCUUAUAUAAACAAAUGAUCUGUGCAUGGCGCAUCAACCAAAGAGAAAGACAAUGAAACAAUACAUAGUAAUUUAAGACUGAUUAAUUAAGAAAG